UUUAGCAGUAUUUGCCAAUUUGGUUGAUCAGAGUCAGGACAAAAAAAGAAAAAGAAAAAGAAAAAGAACUUUUAUUUAAACCCUAGCUAAACCCUCGCCGUGUUUCAGAACCUUAGAGUUGUUUCAGAUUGUUCACCCUGAGAAAGAAAAUUGCAAAACGAUGGAAGAAAAAGUAGCAGGUGGUGGAGCGACGAAGCGGCCGCACUUGAUGAAGGAGAAAGACUACACGGCACUGAAAGAGUUGUACGCUCAUCAUAUAGAGUCGUUCGAUCACAUGGUGGACCAAGGACUUGAGACUAUGCUUAUGGCCAUCAAGCCCGUCGAGGUCUCUGAUCCCUUCUCCGGCCACAAGCUUAGAAUUUGGUUUGGGAAACCUGAAUUAUUCCCGCCUCAAAAGGAUCGUGGUUACAAGUCUGUACAGGAUGCUCUGUAUCCCUUUGAGUGUAGACAAGCAAAACUUUCAUACACAGGCAAGUUUAUGGUGGAUAUUUGCCUUCAGUACGAUGAUGGAGCUGUUGUAAGAGAAAAAUUUAAUUUCGGCCAGUUUCCAAUCAUGUUGAAGUCAAAGCUCUGCCAAUUGAGAAAUGUUCACAGCCCCAGAAAAUUAGCAUCUUGCAAGGAAGAUCCAUCAGAAAUGGGCGGGUACUUCAUUUUGAAUGGUCUUGAGCGAGUGGUUCGGCUUUUGAUAUUACCAAAACGAAACUAUCCAACGAGUAUGGUGCGGAAUUCAUUUCGUGAUAAGCGAGAAGGUUAUACUGAUAAAGCUAUUGCAAUAAGGUGUGUAAGAGAAGACCAAUCUGCAGUGACGGUGAGACUGUAUUAUCUUAGUAAUGGAAGUGCAAGACUUGGAUUCUGGAUACAAGGAAGGGAAUACUUGCUUCCUGCUGGUGUCAUAUUAAAGGCCCUUGUUGACACAACUGAUCGUGAUAUAUAUGUCAGUUUAACAUGUGUUUACAAUGAGAGAUAUGAUCGAGCAAAGGGAUCUGUUGGCACCCAGCUUGUUGGUGAAAGGGCAAAAAUUAUUCUGGAUGAAGUUCAGAGCCUUUCUCUUUUUACUCGGAGCCAGUGCCUCCAGCAUAUUGGAGAAUAUUUUCAACCUGUUAUGUCUGGGAUGGAAAAAGAAAGUUAUUCUGCUGUUGCUGAAGCUGUUCUUCGAAACUUCAUACUUGUCCAUUUGGAUAACAAUCAUGAUAAGUUUAAUCUGCUGAUCUUCAUGUUGCAGAAGCUUUUUUCUCUCAUAGAUCAGACUUCUGUUCCAGACAAUCCCGACUCCUUGCAAAAUCAAGAAAUUUUGCUGCCUGGUCACUUGAUAACAAUAUAUCUCAAGGAAAAGCUAGAAGAUUGGUUGGCAAGGACAAAACAGUCACUUAAAGAGCAAAUUGACAGCCAAAACACGAAGUUUCAAUUUAGCAGCUUGGCUGAUGUGAAGAAAAUUAUUGAGAGAAAUGGCCCGAGACAGAUAAGUACAGCUAUUGAGAAUAUGUUAAAGACUGGAAGAUUGGCGACCCAGUCUGGUCUUGAUUUGCAGCAGAGAGCUGGGAUGACAGUUAUGGCAGAAAGGUUAAAUUUUCUGCGUUUCCUUUCACAUUUUAGAGCUGUCCAUCGAGGUGCUGCCCUUGCUGGUCUUCGUACUACUAGUGUGCGGAAAUUGUUACCUGAAUCUUGGGGUUUCUUAUGUCCUGUUCAUACACCUGAUGGGGAGCCAUGUGGGUUGCUAAACCAUUUAGCUGCUGCUUGCCGUGUUACUUCAUAUUAUGAUGCCAAAGGAAACAUCAAAGAUUUCUUCAAAAUUAGAUUGUCCAUUUCAAGUGUGCUAACAAGUAUUGGUAUGACCCCAUCAUUGCCAAGGCUUGCCCAGGCAGGCCCUCCUGAAUUGCUAUCUGUUCUUCUAGAUGGUCGUGUUGUAGGAACUAUGCCAUUUGAUCUUGUUGAAAAAGCUGUUGCCCACUUGCGAAGAUUGAAACUGUCAGCAGUAUCAGCGAUUCCGGUUGAUUUGGAGGUGGGAUAUAUACCUCCGAGCAUGGGCGGGGGAUAUCCUGGCUUAUUUCUGUUCACAUGCCCUUCUAGAUUUGUCCGCCCAGUUAGAAACAUCUCUGUUUCUCCUCAAGAUGGCAAUGAAAUUGAACUCAUUGGACCCUUCGAACAGGUGUAUAUGGAGAUAAGCUGUCCAGAUGGCAGAGAUGGAGGAAGAAGAAAUUUAUUUCCUGCCACUCAUGAGGAAAUCCAUCCAACAAAUAUGUUGAGUGUUGUUGGUAAUUUGACACCUUGGUCUGAUCAUAAUCAGAGUCCACGUAAUAUGUAUCAGUGUCAGAUGGGGAAACAAACCAUGGGUUUCUCUUCACAAGCAAUAAACUGUCGUGCUGAUCAAAAGCUCUACCACCUUCAGACCCCGCAGACUCCCAUUGUACGUACUAGAGCAUAUGAAAAAUACUGCAUUGAUGACUAUCCUUUAGGAACAAAUGCAAUUGUAGCUGUUCUGGCUUAUUCUGGAUAUGACAUGGAGGAUGCUAUGGUCUUAAAUAAAUCAUCUGUUGACCGUGGGAUGUGCCAUGGGCACGUAUACCAGACAGAAACAAUUGAUUUAGCUGAACAGAGUGUCAAGUCAGAUCGUUCUCAGAAAAUGUUUAGGAGAAGCAAUCUUGAGAAGUCAUCUCAUCACCUGAUUGAUUCUGAUGGACUUCCAUAUGUUGGCCAGAGGAUAAAUCCUAAUGAGCCAUAUUAUAGCGUCUACAAUGAGAUAACAAGUGAAACCAAAAGCAUCAAAUUGAAGGGGUCAGAAUCUGUUGUUGUUGACUAUGUUGCUGUUGAUACUAAAACCAAAAAUAAUAUUCAAAAGGCAAACAUACGGUUGCGGCGUACUAGGAAUCCUAUAAUUGGAGACAAAUUUAGCAGUAGGCAUGGGCAAAAGGGGGUUUGUUCUCAACUCUGGCAAGAUAUUGAUAUGCCUUUCUCAAGUGUUACAGGAAUGAGGCCAGAUCUAAUCAUUAAUCCUCAUGCAUUCCCUUCAAGGAUGACUAUUGCAAUGCUUUUGGAAUCAAUUGCUGCUAAGGGAGGAGCUUUACGUGGGAAUUUUGUUGAUGCAACGCCAUUUUAUAACUCAGUUAAAAGAGAAAGCAAAUCUGGAUCUGAUUCACUCGUUGAUGAACUUGGUUCUUUGUUGAAAGCUCAUGGGUUCAAUUACCAUGGUGUAGAGGUACUGUAUAGUGGAGUUUAUGGGACAGAGCUGACAUGUGAAAUAUUUAUUGGGCCUGUUUAUUAUCAAAGGCUUCGGCACAUGGUUUCGGAUAAGUUUCAGGUGCGGUCUACUGGAACAGUGGACCAAAUCACCCGACAGCCAAUUAAAGGAAGAAAACGUGGUGGAGGUAUCCGGUUCGGAGAAAUGGAGCGAGACUCCCUUUUGGCACACGGGGCAGCAUAUUUGUUACACGAUAGACUUCAUACAAGUUCAGAUCACCAUAUUGCAGAUGUUUGUUCAAUUUGUGGAAGCAUUCUCACAUCAUCACUCAUCCAGCCACCAAAACGGGAAAUGCGUCAUAUAGCUGGGCUACCACCUGCCAGAGAUCCCAAGAAGGUUGUAUGUGUUGCUUGCAAAACGAGUAAAGGUAUGGAGACAGUCUCAAUGCCAUAUGUGUUUAAGUAUUUGGCAGCAGAAUUAGCAGCCAUGAACAUAAAGAUGAACCUCCAGAUGAGUAACGGGUCAGGAGCUUGAUACUUAAUACCCCGUUGGUGGUACUCACCGAGUAACAAACAAAGCAGCAACCUGCUAUAUUCUAUACCACAAAUGCCAAAGGUGUUGGUAUUUACAAUUUUGUUAUGAGUUUUAUUAUGCGGACUCCUAAGUUCUACUCUAGUGACGUCGUAAGCAUGGAUAAGAUAUUUUCAUUUAGUGGGUUCAGGUUCAUUUAGUGGGUUCAAGUAAAGUUGACUAUAUCAAACAUUUGAGAUUAUGGAGUAAAUUUGGGCAAAUUAUACCGUGCACCACGGUGCACAUAGCAAUGUGCACCACGUACCUAAACGACGUCAUUUUGAGCAUUGUAAACUAAUUUUCCA